UUGAAUGCACACAUGCAGGUCCCUUCCAAGAAGAAGGUAUCCAAUCCGCAGACCGCAGACGUGGCCGAUAACCAAUUUGUAGGCAAUAGCAUGCUCGUUCGCGUUCAAGGUCGAUAUCACCCCGCAGCUACUACGGGGAAGAUGUUUAACUGGCAGCGUAGAAGGUCAUCUUCCUACUCUAGUUCCCCAAGGCCCCAUAAGUUAUGGCUUGUUGCAGACCCCUUUUCAGCUAAAGAAAUAAAGAGAUGCCCUUGUUGUGUUAUGUGUUGACGUUCUAGCUAGUGUCAACUAAUAGGCUCCUAGGAAGAUAUCAAGGAGCCACAGUUCAAACCAGCCUUUGAGAGGAAUGAAAAGGAGCAGCAGCAACAGUAGCAGCAGUAGCAACUACCGCCACCUCGCAAGACCUGAUAAAGAAAGUGUGAAGUGACCAUAUGAGACUCAUGCUCGCAUUUACUCUGCUUAGAUCGUACGAAUGUGACUGAUCGGUCUAGUCAAAGGUAGGGACUUGAAGUAGGGCUCCUGUAGUGAUGGAUAUGUGUAAGUUACUUUUAAGAACAACACAAUAACCUGCUGUCUAAUCUAUACUUUUGAUUCAAACUGAUUAACCAAUUCUUGAUUUGGUGGUGAAAGUGAAUCAGUGAUCUGACAACGACAACAACAACAACCACCACCACCAC